CGUACAGCGGCCGCUUUCUUGGGGCCCCUGCAGCCGUGUCCAGCGCACCUCCGAGGGCUCGGGCAGCGGAAGGCGAGGAAGGGACGCUCCGCCAGCCUCUCGCCGCCUUCCCUCGACGGCCCCCCUGCCCGUGCGCUUCCCCGGCCGCUCUUCGACGGAGAAAGCGGGCGACGAUGAAGCUCUUGGUGGCUUUGGCCGUGCUGUUCUUCGUGUCGGCGCAAGCGCUGGCGGAAGAGCUGGGCGACACCGACGAGCUGGCUUACUUCUCCGACUGGUCCGACGGCGACCAAAACAAGGAGGAGUUGCCCUUUCCCUUUGAGCACUUUCUCCAAAGAAUUGCCAGGCGACCUAGACCGCAGCAAUUUUACGGCUUAAUGGGAAAGCGAGAUGCUGGAUAUGGCCCACUGUCUCAUAAAAGACAUAAAACAGACUCAUUUGUUGGACUCAUGGGCAAAAGAUCUUUAAAUUCUGGAUCUUCUGAAUGGAACGCAGCACAGAUUUAUGAAAGGAGACGUAAAUGAAACAGUCCCUCCCUCCCUCGCUUAUUAUUUAUUGAACUUUAUUUGUUUAAAUGGCCAAGUUAGUGUAAUAUAAAAUAGCCAUUGUAUGGAAGAAUUCUUUAUUUAAUACUGGUUGUUGUAAAUUCAAUAAAAUUAUUUUUUUCCUCCUAUUGUGGCAGCGAUACAUGCAACAUACGAGAAAUGUGGUGGAUUCUGCUAUGACAAUACCUGACAGAUUACAGAAAUCAGUUGGUGUUUCACAACAAAGCACAUUCUUUGAAAUGGUCUGUAAAAGAGAGAUUCACCAAAUUAAAAAAGUGGUAAAGAACUAAAAAAAAAAUCUUUUUGUUAAUUUCAGGCAAUCAUCUGCUUCACUGCCAAUGCCAAAUUAAUCUGGUAUCGAGUGCCUGAAUUUGUAUGCAUAGCAACAGUGUACUGUAACUGGCAAAAUAUAUUUGUAUCAUGGCAGCAUGAGUUUAUUUUUUUGUUUCGUGCCUAUAUGUUUUUUUAAAGAAAAGAGAUUUAAAUGUGAAUUUAGAAGUCUUCAUGUUGUUGACUGGCAUUUUACAAUGUCUUAACACUUUAAGUAUUAAAAAGCUAUU